AUGGCCGACUUCACUUCAGGAACUGAAAUCGAUAUCAUGAAGCACCAACACAGUUCAAGUCGAAAGGUUCUUAUUAGGCUCAUCACAGUUUCGUUUGUGAUGGCAAUCAUCAUAGUUUCCAUCAUGUGUUUGUGGAUAUGCCAUAGAAAGAAUAUACACAAAUCAGGCAAAUUCGGUACCACAAAAUUAGAUUCUUUGAGAGGGCUUCCAUUGAGUUCAUUCGUUAGCAGAACUAACUGUGUUUUCAAAACCAAAAUCCAAAAGGGAUCGGUGGUUGUUAUGGAUUAUAACGUGUUAGAAUCAACAACAAAUAACUUCGGUGAAAGCGAGAUAUUAGGCGUAGGUGGAUUUGGAUGCGUGUAUAAAGCUCGACUCGAUGAUAAUUUGCAUGUAGUUGUUAAAAGAUUAGAUGGUAUUAGUCAAGACGCCAUUAAAGAAUUCCAAAUGGAGGUCGAUCUAUUGAGUAAAAUUCAUCAUCCGAAUAUCAUCACCUUAUUGGGAUAUUGUGUUCAUGAUGAAACCAAGCUUCUUGUUUAUGAACUGAUACAUAAUGGAUCUUUAGAAACUCAAUUCCAAAUCAAAUUCGGUGUUUUUCAAAAAUUGAGUUUCAUAUUCAAAGAAGGAAUCAUAAUUGAUUUUCGAUUUGAAUUGUCAAACCAUAGAAAGUCAAAACUGGGACUGCCAUCUUAAUCAGAUUCAUGCUAAGGGUAUUUUGGGUAAGAUUCCUGGUACGUCCCCUGUUCAUGAAACAUCUCAUGUUACGAUUCUUAUUCCUAUGAAGAUUUUGAAGCAUUCUGGCAGUGGUAAUGAUGAAGUAAUGAAUGAGGGUUCGAAUGAUGAUGUGAAGAUGGGAUCCGAUACUGGGACUGAUUUGAAAAUGAACCAGGGAGUUAGUUUUUUGGAUCUUAAAUGGGAUAAUGAGCUAUGAUUUUUGAUAAUGACUCCAAAUCAAAAUCAUCCCAGUGGUUACCAUUGUCAAUGAUGUUAGCAAAAAGUCUUAUUCUUGAAUUGUUGAAGCUUCUAGCUCCAUGGUUGAUCUUAACAUCAAAGUUAUUCCUAAAGUUGAUGGGAAACCAAAUGGUAAAGCUGAGCUAGAGGAGAAUGAAAAAUUGUAUUGUGUUCUAUAUUAAUGUUAAAAUGUGCAUUUAUUUAUGAAUAACAGUCUAUUCAUUUGUGAAUAAAAGUGCAUUCAUGUGUGAAUGAAUAUAUUUAUGUAUGAUUAGAGGUAUUCAUUUAUUCAUUUGUGAAUAAUAGGGAACUCAUUUGUUAAUAGAAGUGUAUUCAUUUGUGAAUAACAGUGUAAUCAUGUGUUAAUGAAUGUAUUUAUUUAUGAUUAGAG